CACGCUUUAUUUUCCAACAAGCUUUUAUAUUGCGCCCCCAAUGAACACCCCCUUCAACGUUUAAUCUUGGCUCCGCCCUUGCUUGCCGAGGUAAAUCGCUUGAAAGAUAGACAAAAUUUGUGCAAUUUCAUUCUAGGUGAACCAUUGUGUACAACUGUGAUAUCAUUAUGGGAAUAUUAAAAAUAGAAAUAUGGAAAAACGAAGACAUUUUGGAAAGGGAAAUUUAUUGUCUUAAGUGCAGGAAACUCGGACAUGAUUAUAAUCAUGGCUGAAUGCAAUUGUGCAAGAUGACAUACUGUUCCACUUGAAUCCAGCAGCUUUCUUUAUUUGCCUAUCAAAAAUCGGUGGCUUUAUUAGAGUUAUUUGGAUGAUUUCAGGAUACUUCUAAUUUUUAAUCAACAGAGCAAUUUGGUGAAACUUCACUUCCGCGACAAUGAAGCCGAAGGGGAGGCCCGGGAAACAGAGUCGAGGUUGUGGCAAGGAGAGUGAUGUUAAUGCCAUGUACGCGGAGGAGGACUGGGAAAUUGUUGAGCCGUUACUGGAGUUCCUCAAGCACAAGAAAGUCCGAGUGUUUGACCCGCACAGAGAUGGAAUGGCCAAUGAAACAAACCUGAAGAUCUGGGUUGACAAGGGCAUCUACAACUCUAAAAUGAGUGUGAUUUUCUUGUCAAGGCGCUGGAGCGAGAUGGUAGAGUUUACGUUUCGUACGGAGUGCGCAGUGACUAGAUUUGCUCAUACGGUAGGGCGCCAUCGUGUUCUGCUCGUUUUGCUUGACAGCCGUAAGAUACCGGACAACUUGCGCCACUUCCAAAAGAUAUAUGCGUGGAAGUUGAAGCAGCACCCUAAAGAUGUAAGAGAGCAUGAAAGGAUUCUUGAAGCUCUGUGUAAAAAGCCAAAAAACAAAUUUCAACGAGGCCGGUUGUUUUGGACCAACCCCUACAUAGGCAGUGACAAACGACAGGCAUACAUCACCGAUGAGAAACAGAGACGAUUUGGGAAAACUGAAAUACUGAGACAUAUCGGCAAAGUCAAAACGGUUUUUGAACAUUUCGAGUUACAUUGCACUUUUGAUAGGUGCACUUUCCGUUGUCAGGGUAACGAAGUUUUAGAAGCAUACUAUCAUUUACAACAGUGCCAGUUUCAGCAAAUAGCGUGCAGGUACUGUAACCAGUUCAUAACAAAAAAGAAAAUACUGAAGCAUGAGAAUGAACGGUGCCUAUACAAGAAAGUAGCCUGCCCGAACCCUUCAUGCAACGGAACGUUCCCUGCGAAAAGUGUUGAAGAGCAUAAAAAGAAAUGUCCUUUUGAAGAAGUUGAAUGCAUACAUGCAGUCUAUGGCUGUAAAAUGAAAUUCAAGAAAAUGGAGACAAAAAAACACUUGGAUUCGUGUCAGUUUGUGAAGAUAUUUUGCAAUGGUUGCCGAAAGGAGUAUUUCAGACGAGACGUGUAUAGCCAUAAAUGCGAAGACGCAUUACCUAUGCAUUUUCAGAAAACGAAGCCAAACUUUUCUUGCAAUGAUGUAAAACGAACGGAAACGUUCAACUGUAAACAUCAAGGAUGUUCGUUUGUUGGAACGUCUCCCAAGUAUCAGCGUCACGUCGUCUGCUGUGACUACAGGCGUCAGCGUUGUGAGCAUUGUGGAGACCGCUUCCCUGUCAAAGACCUGACACAGCAUGAACAAAAUUGUCAGAAGAUAGAUGAAUGCCAAGCUUGUGGAAUGGCAGUUCCACGUUCGGCAAAAGAUACACACGAGUACGUCUGCACUGCUCUAGAGCUUUCUUCGGUAUGUACAAACUGCCACGAGAUUUUGGAUUCUUCGUCAAAAACAUCCCAUCUUGAAACGUGUUCACCUACAGAACAACAGUUUGGUGGGGCUGACCUUAUGAUGAGAACCGAUCUGAAAAACAAAGAAACAAAAUCGAAAAGUGAAGAAAGAGGCGCAGUUUUAAAAGAAAGAGGUCCAAAGAGCAAUAGAGAAAAUGUUAGGAAAACGAGUGGAGGGAAAAGUCCUUGGUCAAUAUUUCAGCCUGUGAUCGAAACAACACCCUAUGAUGUUCGCAUUGUAACGGCAGUAACCAGUCCAGCUCCUUCAAGCAGUGUUUUCGAUUUGAAAAGGGUUUUACAUUCGACAUCAAACGACUUUGUCGAUCUAAGAGAUUUGAAACUCGCUCCGAUAACACAAAAGUCGAGAUACAUGUUCAAUCACUUGGAGGAAAUUUUGGCUGAAAGUAUUUCAAACGGAAACGUGCACAGUGGAUUCUUUGAAAUGUCUUCAUACUGGUAAAGGUGACUUUAAAACGAAAUUAAGACUAUGGACAUGGAGAGUGAACCGGUGCAAAAUUCAUGUCGUGUAAAACGCUUAUACCUUCUUUGGAUGAAAUUAUACAUAUUUAUAUGACAAUAAUACACCAGCAUAUUACAAUUAUACAAGGAAAAGCAUCGAAGAGAUAUCUUAGAGCUAAUAUUAAACUUCUCACUUACUUAUAAAAAUGUAGUAUAUUCAAAGCUGCUCACUCACAGAUUUACCGUUUUGUGAAUUUUUUUAAUUUAUUUUUCGUCUUGGAUUGAGCAUAUAACUGCGUAAAUAUCUGCAGAUCAGUGAUAUAAGCCUGCUGACAAAAAAGCAGAUCGCAGAUUUUCAUAUUUCCGUUCGAAAAUUACUGUUUUGUGGCUAAAAGCGUUCCUAACGGUUUAAGAAAAUCCAUAAACCAUCAUUUUUCAAACUUUAAUAUGAAAAAUCUGCGAUCCGAUGUUUUAUAUCACUGGUUUUCUUACACUUUUCCAUAAAUUGGCUCGUUCGAAGAUAAAAAAUAAAACAGUUGUCUAAACUUUCAAUCUGUGAAAGUGCAGCUUUAAAGGAAGAUGUCUCAUAUUACGUUUUUGUUUAUGCGUGCUGUACAUAGUUCAGACUGAUUGUGCUACUGCUGGUCCAGAUAGUAAACAUUUUUUAUAUUCAAUUUUCACAUUUAAUACCGUCAUAUGACUAUGUUAAUGACUGUACUUUUACGCGCAUUUUAUCAUAAGCAUUUUUAUGUUUUAUGUUUUAAAAAAAAGUUUGUUUAAUAUCUACUGUCAUCGGAUUUUCAAACUCAAUCAUUUUUUUUUAUAAAAAAAAAUCUUAUAAUUUCAAACUAAACAUUACAAUACCAAAAAUGUGAUAAAAUAUUGAAAAAUAUUUCUUUUUUAAAUAUGCACUUUGUACUGUAUAAAGAUAUUAACAGUUAUAAUAUAUAUUUGCAGCACGAAGUGCAUAUUUCAAAAAAGUUUUCGUUUUUUUUCACAUUUUUGGUAAUGUCAUUUUUAGUUUGGAAUAAUAAGAUUUUAUUUUGAUUUUUUUUUAAAAAUGAUUGAGUUUGAAAAUCCGGUGCCAGUGUUAAUAUCCACUUUAAAAACCAUGACACUAACAGAAAAGGCAGAGGGCCAUGUUUGAAAUGUUAUUUCAAACUGACACUUGUAAAUUAUGUACAAAUGUAUAAUUUUGAAACAACUCUCCUGAUAUUUAUUUGUAAUUGUAAAUAGAUGGUUCUGAUUAAAUAACAUAUCGCUUU